AUGAUACCACCCAAGGGAUCGCAACCACCUCCUCAGCCCCAACAGCAGCAACCCCAGCAGCAACAGCAGCAUCAGCAACCGGCCCACCACCCGCAGCAUCCACAUCACCCCCAACACCAGCAACACCCGCAGCAUGCCCAGCAUGCCCAGCAGCACCCGCAACACUCCCAACAGCAACACCCUCAGCAGCAGGCUGUCCCUGCCCAGGUUCCUGCACAUAUCCCACAACCACCCGUUGCUGCGCCGGCACAACCCACACCCACCGACGACACGCCGGCCCCGCCGCCUGCGAAGAAGAGCCGGACUAAUACCCCAUGGACGCCUGCCGAGGAGUUGCGGUUGAAGCAGAUGCGUGAUGCCGGAAACAGUUGGGCCGAAAUCGCUAAGACGUUCCCUGCUCGUACGGAGGGUAGUGUUAAGAAGCACUGGUACAAAGACAUGCAUUAUGCUGAAUUUGCCGAGGAUGAAAAAGCGGCGUUAUUCUCUGCAAUUAAGGAAUACGAGAACAACAAGUGGAAAACAAUCGGACAGAAGGUCAACAAGCCGGCCAAGGCUUGCGAGCAAUACGCGAAGGAGCACUUUCCUGGUAAGCCACGUUGA